CCGGAAAUAGCUUUCCCUCAACGUUUUCGGCCUCAGAAACAUGGCGGCGCCCAAAGGAUCCACGCGAGCUAGAGCCGCAGAGGAGAAUAGCGAUGUUGUGGAACCCAGGGGGAAGCGGAGGAGAGAAAAAAGGCUCAUAGUGUUACUGGAGGGAGCCAGCCUGGAGACAGUGCGGGUGGGGAAAACAUACGAGCUGCUGAACUGCGAUCAACACAAAUCUCUUAUUAUAAAGAAUGGGAGAGAUCCAGGAGAGGUCCGGCCAGACAUCACACACCAGAGUUUGCUGAUGCUCCUCGACAGUCCUCUGAAUCGCGCGGGGCUGCUUCAGGUCUAUAUCCACACGCAGCGCAACGUUCUUAUCGAGGUGAACCCACAGACGCGGAUUCCUCGGACCUUCCCCCGGUUUUGUGGCUUAAUGGUCCAGCUGCUGCAUAAGCUUAGCGUCCGAGCUGCAGAUGGACCCCAGAAGCUCCUUAAGGUUAUUAAGAACCCGCUGACUGAUCACCUACCCGUUGGCUGUCUGAAGAUCUCCACGUCGUUCACAGGAGAGAGCGUUCCUUGCGUGCGGGAUCUCGUACCCCCGUCGGAGCCCGUGCUCUUUAUAGUGGGCGCCUUUGCGCAUGGCUCGGUUAAUGUGGAUUAUGCCGAACGCCUGGUUUCCAUCAGCCAGUACCCCCUCUCUGCCGCAUUAACCUGCGCCAAGAUCUGCACUGCGUUUGAAGAAGUUUGGGGGGUGCAGUGAAGCUGUCGGCAUCUCGGAACGUCCAAAAUACGCCGAUAUUUCCAUCCUGGGACUCAAACGUCCUCUGCUGUAAAGAACUUUGUCAUAUAUUUGUAAUACAUUUAUUUGUAGAGGUGAAGAUGGGGCACAGAGGCCAAGAUCAACCAUUUCUGAUGCUUUUUAUUGUUUUGGGGCAAUAAGUGAAACUGUUUGGGAUGUGAUGGUAUGGAGGGAACAUAGCUGGGGCAGUUGGCUUGGUGGGAGGUUAAAUAUUGAAAGGGGGUGAGUAGAUCCCUGGGGGGUUGUUUUACUCCUAGGUGCGUUAUGGAGGCCCCACUCUGUUGAGUUUCACCUGGCAGAAGGGAUGGCCCUAUAUAAAACAUAAAGUGUCCCACAAGCAUUCCAAGUCCUGCUUUUUACUGUAUGCCCUCAAUAAACAAUAUUAAAAAAUCCAACUUAUGUAUAUACUAUGGGAGCAACCA